AUGACCAGGGUGUCAUUGAAUGCUCAACUUUGUGAGGCACUAAACACGACGUCUAUCUGCCAUGUUCCAAACCUGGAACAAGGCCGAACCACUAUCAAUAGCGAGAUGUGCAUCACGCUGCUUGUCACUGUCUCAGCUCUGAGAGGAGGAAAGACAGAGUGUGCAACAAACGUAAGAGGCAACGACACAUGCCAAACUGGGCUUUAG